AUGUCGCCCAAACGUGGUUGUCGGCAAAGCACGGAUUCCAUCCUCAUCAAUCGAUCGCGUGGCAGAAACGAAAUCACAGACGAUAAGCUGCCCCAGCCCCCGGAUCGCGAGGCUGGGGUUGUGUGCGACCUUAUCAGGCUUAUCUAUACGCCUGCGCCUGCGGCCUACGGGCAGAAGGCCAAGUUUGCGACGGUUGUUGAUGCGUGGUGGUCCUUUCGGGAUCAUCUCCUUUGUUGGGAAAGAGCUAGGAUGUUGGAGCUGCCUUUGAUACCGGUAUAUAUAGAGUUUGAAGUUCAAUUGCUUGCGUUGAUUCCACGUGGCAUGGCAUGCAUGGGAGGUCGUGUGAAGAUGCUGGGAUUUGCUGCGCCAAUGCUACCUCCAUUCAGGCGCCCCGCUUUGUAG